UAAAAUCCGUUUGAUCAUAAGAAAAAUAACUAAAUUGACAACACUUUGUGGGGUAUUGCAAAAAAAGAACAUUUUGCUAAGAAAAAAUCGAAAUUUUUUUCACAAAAGCAUUGUCAAAUAUAAAAUUUUACCUAGAAUUCUCUAAAAAAUUGUAGAAUAACAAAAUUGCUAACUACUUUAGAAAAUAUAAACGAAAUUAUACACAAGAAGCUUUAGAAAACAUUUACGAAAUUUCAGACAAGUGGUGAAACUAUAGAAACAGUGUGGUGUGGUAACUAAAAAAGACAAAAAAUUGCCAAUAGAAAACGCAAUAUACUAUAGUAUUUCAUUAACAGACUUUUGCAGACGGCUUAAGAAAACAAAGAAGUAAAUACCCCCAGCAACGAAAAGCAAACAGUAGCUAGCCCUCUAACAGUAAUUUUCAAGCCGGCAUAGCGGGCCGCAACAUCCCUUAACCAAAUAGUUACUAUGGCUGAAGCAGUUGUGGAGGAAAGGCCAACAGUGCCAACUAGAUUUUAUUGUCAUAUGUGCGAUGAGGAAAUAAACAUUCCCAAUACUAACACCGAUUACAUUUGUCCAAUUUGCUCGGGAGGCUUUGUGGAAGAAUUACCUCCAGCAGCUACGGCCUCUAAUAGCAGUGUAGGUGGCAGUAGCAGUACAAGUAAUGCAGGUUUUAUGGGCGGUGGAAAUGACGAGCAGCAACUGGAGACCUUACGUGGGCAAAUAGCCAAUUUAUUGGCUUCCCGCAACGGUCCCAACCUGCAGAUAAAUAUUAAUCCUAGUUCUAUGCGCAACCAGCCGAGAGGCAUAGUAUCCCUGGGCCCUUUGCCAACAGGCGGUGGACGUGUCAGACCUCAAAGUCUAGAUCGCUUGGACGAUGUCUUAUUAAACUUUUUGCAGUCGAUAUCUGUGGGUAGUGGCGCUGUAGCGGGCGAAAUUAAUCCUUUCGAUAAUUCGCAACUUUUAUUUAUGGGCAAUUUGGGUGAUUAUGCCUGGGGUCGUGAGGGUUUAGAUACGAUUGUUACCCAAUUACUUAAUCAAAUGGAAACAUCUGGUCCCCCGCCUCUGGCCAAGGAUAAAAUUGAGGAUAUACCCAAAGUAGACAUAAGCGCCGAAGAAGUUGAACGUAAAUUGCAAUGUUCCGUCUGCUGGGAAGAUUUCAAAAUUAAUGAAAAGGUACGCAAACUACCAUGUUCUCACUUGUAUCAUGAAGAUUGUAUAGUGCCAUGGUUAAAUUUACACGGCACUUGCCCUAUAUGCCGUAAAUCGCUCAAUGGCGAAGAAGACGACGAUAAUGAUGUUCACAUGGACAUUGUUGAUGAGCAUCAGCGUCCGGCUACUGCUUCUGUAUGUCCCAUACAUCAACAACAACAACAGCAGCAGCCACAACAAAAUCAAAAUAAUACAAGUAAUAAUUCGGAGCAACCUGGUACUAGCAAUUCAGCUGCUAAUACAUCAGCAUCAUCUAGUCAACGUCAGCAGCAGCAACAACGCUCUGAAAAUAUUUUUGGUUUUGAAAAAAUGGAUAGUGUUGAUUUGGACUAAAUAGUUUUUGUUUGUCUCAUUUAUUUUUCUUCUGUUUCUUAACUAGCAUGUAUGAGAAUUGGAAAUAUUAUGUUAUCUAUACAAG